GUUUACAUUUUAAAAACUUAAUUAUCGCUCAGUAUUCUGCAUGUUAGUUUUAUAAUUUUAACCGAUUCAGACAGAAUACAUACACAGUUGAAAAUAUGAAAGAAACUCCACUUUCAAAUUGUGAAAGAAAUUUCAUUUUAAAAGCUAUUGAAAAUAAAGAGAGAUUAGACGGCAGGCAAAGUUAUGAUUACAGACGAAUAAAGCUUGAAUUCGGUAUAGACCGGGGAUGUUGCACCGUGGAAUUGGGAGAAACAAUUGUCAUGGCGAAAGUUAGCUGUGAAGUUGGUCAGCCAAAACAAACGAGACCUACCGAAGGAUUUUUAUAUAUUAAUGUUGAGUUUUCACCAAUGGCCGAGGCUCACUUCGAACCAGGAAAGCAAACAGAACAAGCAAAUGAAAUGGCACGAGUAUUGGAAAGAUGCCUUAGGGACAGCCGGGCGGUAGAUUUAGAAAGUUUAUGCAUCAUGGCAGGAGCUAAAGUCUGGAAACUUCGAGUUGACAUCAAAAUCCUCAAUUACGACGGCAACACAAUAGACGCUUCAGCUUUAUGCUCAAUAGCCGCCUUGUCCCAUUUUAGGCGGCCUGAUAUAACAGUCUCAGGAGAAGAAGUUACGAUUCAUAGUGUAGAUGAAAAGGAUCCAAUUCCCUUAAGUAUUCAUCACUUACCCUUAUGUGUUACAAUCGCUUUUUUCCAUCAGGGAACAUACUGCCUGACUGAUCCGAUAUCAAGAGAAGAAAAAGUUAUGGAUGGCAAAAUGAUAAUAGGGAUGAAUAAGCAUAGAGAAAUAUGCACUUUGCAAAUGACUGGAAACAUGUUGCUAAAUAAGGAACAAGUUUUACGGUGUACGAACAUAGCCACAGUUAAGAUCGUUGAGCUUAAUGAUGUCCUUCAGAAUGCUCUCUCGGCUGAUGAAGAAGCAAGGUCUUCAGGUAAACCAUAUGGAACAUAUGUUGCCGAUUUCCGAAAGGUUACAGUCAAGGCGGCGGAAUCUCCCACUCACAGUAUGAGUGAGAUAGAAGAGGAAGCGCGCUCAAUGCAAUUAGAUUCUGAUAGAAUGGAGGAAAGUGAAGAGGAAGUGGUAGAGAAUGUUGUUAAGAACUCCUGGCUACUACGUAUCAAAGAAUCCAAAGCGAACGAAGCCCAGAAAGUUAAGGAUACAAUUUGUAGUGAAAUUGACGAAUUUCUAACAACUCAAAGAGAAAUGUCUGACCUUCAGCAGCAAUCAAUUGUUAAUAAUUCUUCAAAAAACAAUGGCGCUAAAGGACAAGAUCAAGAUGCCAAAACAGACACAAAGCGCAAGAGAAACCAAAAUAGGCCUAAGAAGAAACCGGAUACGCAAUCUACCGCCAAAGGUGAAAGUCUCGACUCGGCGACGUCGCAAACUAAAAAAAGCAAAGGGAAGAGGAAGGGAAAGUAA